AUUGACUGACGGCAAGAUGCACUCAGCGCUGGUCUUGGUCUCGUUGGCACUCGCCUCGGCGACACGCCCGCUUGUCCGCAUCCCACUCGUGAACCUCGACCAGCUCCAAUUCUACGGCAGCAUCGAAAUCGGGUCGCCACCGCAGUCCUUCCGCGUUAUCUUUGACACGGGCUCGAGUGAUGUGUGGGUGCCCAGCCACGACUGCACCGCGUGCUCGGGAGUCGCUCGCUACAACCGGUCGGCGUCGUCCACCUAUGCCGAUGAGAUGUAUCGCUUCCAAGCCUAUUACGGCAGCGGCGCGGUCGCUGGUGACGUCGCCUCGGAUGCCAUUGCCUUGCCGGGAGCGUCAUCGGCCUCUUUUGUGCGCAUGGGGAGCGUCACGGCGCAAGAUGCAACCAUUCAGAAGUUUGCCUCGGAAGGCAUUGUCGGUCUCGGCUUUCCCGCGCUCGCUUCGAUCUCGGCGCCAACGUUCUUGGAAGCCCUUGAUAUUGCGAUCUUCUCGCUGUACAUUAGCCCACUUCCAACGUCUCCGGUCCCGUCGCAGCUGCUUUUGCAUGGUAGACAGACUGAAUUGAGCUCUAGCUUUAUGCCUCACAUUAGGCAGGGGUUUUGGGCCGUCCGAUUCGGCGGUCUUCGAGUGCACGACGCGUCUCUUCAACGCGCCGCCACCGUCGCGAUUCUCGACUCUGGCACAUCGCUCCUCUUGCUGCCGCACAUUGAGUACGCGUCCGUGGUCGCUCGCCUAUGUACUGUUGUCCCAGCCCUCGAUGGCUGCGAUGGCGGUCCUGUGUCGUGCUCAUCGUGUGACCACACGUCGUUUCCACCGCUGACGUUUGUCCUUGGCAGCACGGGCUUUACACUCCAAGGCUCCGACUAUGUUCGGUGCGAACUCAACGUGUGCACCCCGCAGAUCGAGACGAGCACCAACUCGUUUGUCGUCCUCGGUGAUAUCUUUUUUCGGGCGUACUACACAGCCUUUGAUGUUACGAAUCGAAGUGUUCGACUCGCUUGUCCAGCAAGCGGGUGCCACGGCGGCCAGCGACCGCCGCUGCUGCUCUCGCCUUUUUUGUCCUGGGUGCUCUACGCCUCGAUGCUGUACACCAAGGCCUUUGGCCUCGCGCUCAGCGUCGUGGGCGCCAAGUGGGUUCUCGACCGCUCGCUUCUUAUGCGCACCAAGCAGCCAUCACCAGCGCUUCUCAGUGGCAUCGUGUAG